CGGUCCAUGAACGCAGCAUUACAGCCCCACUCCUCGGCUGGGAGGAGAGCAGCGAGUCCGAUUAGGACUGCCGCUACCGACGAUGCGAAGCCUCGUUUUGCGGAUGAACUCAAGGCAUAGGCACCUCCUGAGUGCCGCGGUCACUUCGAAGAGGUCUCACUACCAUAAUUUACUGAGGUAACUGCAGUGAGCUUCGUUAGAGAUCACCGGAAGGACCCAGGGACUCGGUAAAGACCAGGUACAGACCAGGACGCUGGAGCCAUGGGUUUCUCCCUCAGUCUUCGAUGAAUUAAGCUAAGCUGGACCCACGCAAAUCAGACAACCUGCCCCGGCCCAAAGUGGGGGCUCCCCUGACCCCAUCACCCUCUCCAGCGAUGGCAGGCUUCAAGCGGGGCUACGAUGGCAAGAUUGCCGGCCUGUACGAUCUGGAUAAGACGCUGGGCCGUGGCCACUUCGCUGUGGUGAAGCUGGCUCGCCACGUCUUCACUGGUGAGAAAGUAGCGGUGAAGGUGAUUGAUAAGACUAAGCUGGACACUGUAGCCACAGGCCACCUUUUCCAGGAAGUCCGCUGCAUGAAGCUGGUCCAGCACCCAAACAUUGUGCGCUUGUAUGAAGUUAUAGACACUCAGACGAAGCUCUACCUCAUCUUGGAGCUCGGCGAUGGAGGGGACAUGUUCGACUACAUCAUGAAACACGAGGAGGGUCUGAAUGAAGAGCUGGCAAAGAAAUAUUUCGCUCAGAUUGUGCAUGCUAUCUCCUACUGCCAUCGGCUGCAUGUUGUGCACAGGGACCUCAAACCUGAGAAUGUGGUUUUCUUCGAGAAACAAGGACUGGUCAAACUCACCGACUUUGGAUUCAGUAACAAGUUUCAGCCGGGGAAGAAGCUGACGACCAGUUGUGGUUCUCUGGCGUACUCUGCGCCUGAAAUCCUGCUGGGUGAUGAGUAUGACGCUCCAGCUGUAGAUAUCUGGAGUCUCGGUGUGAUCCUGUUCAUGUUGGUGUGCGGCCAGCCCCCCUUCCAGGAGGCUAACGACAGCGAGACCCUCACCAUGAUCAUGGACUGUAAAUACACUGUACCGGCCCACGUCUCCAGCGCCUGCAAAGAUCUGAUAGAUCGAAUGCUUCAGAGGGAUCCCAAGCGACGGGCCUCCCUAGAAGAGAUCGAGACCCACGCCUGGCUGCAAGGAGUCGACCCGUCUCCGGCCACCAAAUACAACACUCCCCUGGUCUCCCACAAGAAUCUGUCAGAGGAGGAGCACAACAGCAUCAUCCAGCGCAUGGUGCUCGGAGAUAUUGCGGACCGAGAGACCAUUGUUGAAGCCCUGGAGACCAACAAAUACAACCACAUCACAGCCACGUACUACCUGCUAGCUGAGCGGAUCCUGAGGGAGAAGCAGGAGAAGGAAGUCCAGACCCGCUCCUCCAGCCCGAGCAACAUCAAGGCCCACUUCAGGCAGUCAUGGCCGACCAGAGUGGACAUGCAUCAGGACAUAGAGGACAGUCUGGCAGCCUCCUCUAUCUCCCACGCUGGAGGCCCACAGUCCCCGGCCCGCAGCGCAGAGAACCUGCUCAACGGACACCGCUCCAAAGGCCUGAUGGAGCUGGGCAGGAGGGAGGAGAUGACAGUGACCGACUCUGCAGGAGCGCCUCCACAGGGAGCCUGUGCAGCUGCCUCAGGUCCUGCUCCUGGGUCCAGUUCUGGGUCCAUCAGGGCUCCACCGCCACAAGCCUCAGCUUCAACAAAGCAGCGAACCUGCCUGUUCAGAGUGGAGGAAGACGAGGAGGAGGAGGACGAGCAGGACCCGUCCCCCCUCUCCACUCAGGUGAUCCUGCGCCGUAAGCCUCCUUCCAUCACCAACCGCCUUACCUCCAGGAAGAGCGCCCCGGUGCUCAACCAGAUCUUCGAAGAGGAGGGGGAGUCAGACGAUGACUUUGAUAUGGACGAGGGUUUGCCGCCAAAGCUCUCCCGACUGAAGAUGAACAUGGCCGGGAACACCGGCAACCUGAGCGCCGCGGCCGGCUCCUCCUCUUCCCCCGGGUCCACGCAGAAACGCUACCACCGCCGCAAGAGCCAGGGGAGGGGGUCGUCAUGUUCCAGCUCAGAGACGAGCGACGACGACUCAGAAAGCCACCGCAGGCGUCUGGAUAAAGACUCGGGGUUCGGGUACGGCUGGAACAGAAGGGACAGCAGCGAGGGGCCGCCGGGCAGCUCAGGGGGCAAUGGGGGAGGCAGCAGCUCAGGCCCGAGUAAACCUCCAGGAGAGGGAGGGGGGGGCUCUGGACCGGACACGGGGAGUCCUCCAGGGGACGAGAAUGGAGGAGGGGGUGGUGGUGGUGGAGGGGGGAGUGGGGGAGGCGGAGGGGGUAGUAAAGGUCAAGACAGCCCCUCCAGUUGUUGUAACAACAGUAGCACCACUAACCCCGCCCUCAACUCCAUGUCCCGCUCGUCCCGCACCGCCAGCCGCAGCACCGAGCUGGUGGAGAGUCUGAAACUCAUGAGUCUGUGCCUCAGCUCUCAGCUGCAGCACCACCGUGGGGGGCGGGGUGGUCGAGGCGGAGGCGGAGGAGGAGGAGCAGGAGGAGGAGGAGGAGGGGGAGGGGGGAAGUUUAUCAUUGACCCUAACAGCAUCUCAGGAGGGAGCGUUAAAAUCCAGGAGAAGUCCGCCUGGAGGAUGUGCAUCGGCUCCAAUGGGAGCCUGGACACCAUCACCCUCCCCACCACCAACCUGCCUCGAACCCACUCCGCCCCGCACCAUCAACGCAAAACACCAACUCACGGCCCCUCUGGUCCGCCAGGCGGCAGGGACGCUCACAGCAACCUGAGUGCUUUGAAAAACGGCGUGCUUCAACUACCUCUGUGUGAGAAGACCAUCUCCGUCAACAUCCAGCGGGGCGGGGGCUCCAGGGACGGACUGCUCUGUACCUCGGCCCCCGCCAGCUGCUGCCAGGUCAUCUGAGGCUCCAAUUAGCUGUACACCAACUUCCUCCACCUCCCCCAUAUCCACAUCAUCACUUUGACCCUCUGUGUUCUUCUUUGUGUGUUUAUCUGCAGCAGGUUUCUGACCUCAUGUCGCAGCUUGAUCAGCACACCUGCCUCCUGCUGCUGCCUCCGCUCCACUCCACCUCACCUUCACUUUAACUCUGCUUUCUUUGCUUUGCACACGUCAUCCUAACCCCGACUCCCCUUCAAAGAAGUGCGUCUGAUAUGUUUUACUUUCAUAAUCAAUCUGCUGUUUUAAAAACAUAUUACACUGAUUUGAGCGGUGGUAGCAGACGUUAGAAGGUUCAACUGAGAGAAUAAAAAAUCUGAAUGUUUCAAGAUUAACAAUUAAUGAAGGAGAGAAAACUUUGGAGGAAGAGAAACAAACAUUUAGUAGACCAAAAAAAAGUUAAAAAUUUACAAAAAUUCUAAAAAAAUUAGAGAACACUACAAAAAUAUUAGUUUUUUUAGGUUCAGGAAUAGUUUUUAAAAGUUUUUUAUUUUUAUUAUAAUCUUUAUAAAUCUUGAUUUUGAACGCAAACUCUGAAGUUUUCAUUCUAAAAUUAUAAAUUAAAGAGCCCAUCACAGAUUCAUCAGUCUUAGCUGUAACAGACGACACUCAGGCUGAUUCCUUAGAGCUGUUUUCACCCUGCGUCCAGCAGAGUGGCUCUAACUCCAGAUUUAGACACUCUUCAGAAUCUGUCGCUUCUUUAUUAUGACGUUAAAAAUUGUCUCCAGCCUCCUUAUUUGUGCAAAAUUGGUGCAAACAUGUACAAAGUCUGUUUUUAUUACAGCUCUAAAACUCUCAUAUUUGCAGCCGUUUUGUAAUCAGUGACUUUUUACUCCUUAUAGUUAAUAACCUUGUCAGCCACAUGUAGCAUCAGUUAUUCUUUUCCUUAUCUUUGGAGUAUUUCUGCUAGAGUGCUGAAAUAUUUUAGUAUUGUAAAAUUCUUGCUCAGCUCUUCAAUGAAUCCUUUAAUUAAAAAAGCAGAUUACAAAGUGCUUUACAUGGGCAACAAAAUUCAAUUAAUUCUAUUAAGUCAUAAAAUUUCACUAAAAUAACUUUAAAGGAAUAAAAUAUUUUUUAAAACUGUUAAAUUCAAAUAAAAUAAAAUUAAAGUUGUCCCUAAUAUUUUUGGAGUGGCUCUAACUCCAGAAUAAGACUCUCUAGAAUUGUUUAUUACAAUGUUUGUUCAUAAGAUAUUUAAAAAACAGCCUCCUUAUUUGUGCAAAAUUGGUGCAAACACUUAAGUUAUAUUUUUUUAUUACAACUUACUUAUGUUUGCAGUCAUGUAGUGAUCAAUGACUUUUUUUCCUUUAAAUUAAUAACAGAAUCGGCGAACGUAGACUCCAAAAGAUCCCACAGCACCAAAGUUAUCGCUUCCCUUCUCUUGUAAAGUUCUGACUCAGCUCUUGAAGGACAAAAACAGGUUACAAAGUGUUUUUACAUGGGCAAGAAACUAAAGCCAGACAGUCAUAAAAUCACAAACGGCAAAAUAAAGAAAUAAAAAAAUAUUUUAAAGUCAUAAAAUCCCCCAAAUAACUCAAAAUUAUUAUUAUUACUUUUUGUUUUAACUUUUAAAUUCAAAUUAAACUAAAUUAAAGUUGUCCGUAAUAUUUUUGGUCACUUUAAUUCCAUUUGUUUUGGACUCAACAUGACAUUAACUCUUGAAACAUCAGAUGUUUUACUCACUCGGUCAUCCUCGGAGGUGGUUGGUUCCAGUGCGGAGAGCUAUAAGUGCUGCCACUCUAAAACGCCAUGAGGUCAGUGUGUGUCCUGCAGCAGACAGAAGGAGGGCAGAGAAGCUCUCCAUACUAACACUCCCACCACGCUUCCCCCUCUCACCUCCGCUCUGUGUCUGAAUCUUUGACCACUUUUCAUCAUUUGGACUCCCGUCUGAACUCCGUGUUGCUCUCAGACAAUCUGUUUCAUGUUGUUUUACACUUUUUAAGAUAAUUUCUACUCAUGUGGAUUCAGUUUUUUUGUACUAACUGCAGCAUCGAUCUGUUCUCUGUCAAAACCCUUUAAAUUUAAAAAGUGUCUUUUUUGAGGCAUCGCAUUAGAAACGGGACAGGACCUGAUGUUUUAUCAAAGUGUGUGUGUGUGCGUGUGUGUGUGUGCUCCUCAGAAAACAGGUGUCACUAUUUAUACUGUAGCAACACAAUGCUAACCCCCUACAGGUUGAAUACGUUACUGCUGACCAUGUAUUUAAAGCGUUAUUUUUUUACUCAUAACUCAGCGUUUUCGUCACAUCUUCAGUAUCCAAAUGGUUCGUUCUGAUUUUAACCUCCGCCGGCUUCUUGACAACAAACCUGCACCCACACGUCACCCAAAGCUCUCUGCACGUGUGGGUGCAGCGUGGCGACUCAUGUAUGUAGUAUGAGUAUGUAUAUAUGGGAUGUGGAAGAGUAAAAGUUUAUUUUUAAAACUUGUACAUUUCUUUGAGCGACCUGCUGUUUGGAACAAAGACAGCGGCGUCUGUGGAGCUCACAUGAAAACAAAGCUUUUAAACGGCUGGCCAAGAGAGAACGACUGAACGAGACGACGGAGGGAAACUCUUUAAGGGCAUUGGCAAUAAGCUAUAUGUGUGUUGCAGCUAUCUGUACAGAACUUUCUUUUUUUUCUUUCUUUUUGUAAUGAAUCCUUUUAACGGCCAUAUUGGACUGAAAAGAAAAAAAGGAAAGCUAUGUUUUAAAUAUUUUUCCUCUUCGGUUGUCGUCUGAGUGUUCUUUUAAAAACUGUACAUACUGAUGUAAAUAUGGUGCUCUUUCUCUAGAACAGCCGAGUGAACCCUUUGGUGCAUAGCUGUACAGUAAUAGCCUUAUAAUAAUAAUAAUAAUAAUAGUAAUACUGUAUGGGUGUCUCAGCUAAAAAUACGCCGUGAGAGAAAAACAACACGGCUCUCUUCAUACUGUCGGGUCUCUUUGACUGUCGUCUUACUCAGCUGUAUCCAGGUGAAUGACGUGCAUGUGUUUCAAUGUUUGACAUUCAGUGACACGCAGGAAAGAGAGAGAGAGUCAGCCACAGAAAUGUUACUGGACCAAAAAAACAUCAGGAGAAGAAGAAAAAAAAGAGGAGGAGAUGAAACUGACAGAGAUAUUCAGUGUAUUAUUCUGUAGUUGAUACCUGUUGUCAGAAGUUACAUAUAGCUAUGGUAAUAUCCAAAAAUAAAAUGUGGAGUACUGUCGCA